AUGAAUCAUAUUGUUAAACAGGUUGCAAUCAAUUCAAAUGAUUAUACUUUAAUCAUUACUCAUAAUAAUGAUCCUAAAACUCCAAUUUCAAUAUUUAUAAAUGAGAUAAACAAUAUUACAAUGAAUAAUUAUAUUUAUACUAUAAAAUCAUUAACAAUUUAUCUAAAUAAAGUACAACAAGAUGAUUCAAUUGAAUUAUUAAAUAAUUUAUUAAAUAAGAAAUUUAAUAAGCCAACUUAUUUAAACAUAAAUGGGUACCUUAAUAAUGAAAUUGUUAUUGAAUUGUUCAAUCAAAUAGUUAAUGAAAUUUCAAUCUAA